AAUUGACGGGGAGGAUGAUGCAAUAAAUAGUUCUUAUUUGGAAAUUCUUCUGUUUUCUUCUUCUAUUUCUCUUAAUCAAAAUAUAACAAUCAAUCAAUAAUGUUCUUAAAAAAUAUUGUCAGAAGUUACGUUUUGAACAACCAAAGAUACAUACAACCUGUAAUUUCAACAUAUCUACAAGUGAAGCACAUGAUCCAUCAACAAAAACGGACCGUUUCAUCAAAACCGAAGGAAUAUCUGGCCAUUGCAGAACUUUCUCGAAAAUUAUGUUGUUCGGAAGAUAUUGCUGCGAAGAUAUAUUGUGAUUUUCCAGCGUUACGACAAAUUAAUGCAAUUAAAACCGAUACACUGGUAUAUCUUCGUUCACAGCUGUCGGCUGAGUCAAUAUUCGAGAAUCCAUCACUCCUCACAAUAGAUAUCGAAUCACUGGACAAGAAGAUAGAUGUGUUAAAAUCAAUGCAGCCGAAGAGUCUUGAUGAUUUUGCACCGUUGUUAACACUCGAUGAAAUUAAACUUCAAGAACUUGUUGGCGGAUUAUUGAAGGAUAAAUAUAAACCUGCAAUUCAUGGACACACAAAUCGUAUUUAUUAUUUGAGCGAACGUCUUCAGGUUGAACCACAAGUGAUUGCAAGGUCCAUUGCCAAUGGUAAACGUGAUAUAUCAUUUUCAAAAUUUCGAAAUUUCGAGAAAAAAGUCAGAAUAUUGACGGACUAUGGCGUGAACCCAAUGGAAUUGGCAACCAAUGUUUCUAUUCUGAAUCUUAGUGCUGAAAGGUUGCUUUGUCGUUCUGAAUGUGUACUAUCUACUGGAAUGCCGGUGAAAAUGUGGCAUUUUAAAUUGUCACAAGAAAUAUUCGAUGAGUUAAUUGAAAAAUACAAAUUGGAAAGAGCCGAAAAAGGGACUGCCUUAUCCGCCGAAAUGAUGAUACAAAUAAACAAACUUAACACAGACAAAAAAGCAAUUGUUGAGUCGUUGAUGUCGUUAUUAGGUGGUGACCAUUUUGAAUCGUCUGAGCUGUAUUACACUUAUAUGAAAUUAAGGAGAAAAUAAAUAUCGUACAACAAAUGAAACCGAAUAAUAUUGCAGACUUCAUUCCUCUGCUAAUUGCCGACGCGAUUGUAUUGGAAAAAUACAAGCGUGAUCUCGUUGAUUUCAACGCCAUUGGGAAUGAUCAUCCGAUUUAUUAUUUUAGCGCAAAACUAAAGAUACCAGUCACUGAGGUUGCCGCCAGUUUUGCUGCAAAAAGUGAGGUUUUCUUAAAAACCAUGCCAAAUGUCUUCAAAACAACGUUAGAUGUUCUUCUGAAACAUGGCGUAGAUCGUACAACUAUUUUGUCAUGUUCAAAGGUCUUCAAACACUAUAGCGUGGCACAAAUUGACCACAGAAUCAAAAGUCUUAAAAAAAUCGGCCUCGAUAAAAUAUCGACGUAUAUGAUUCACACAUUAAAUAGCAUGGACUAUCUUUCAAACCGGCUAGAUUUGAGUGAAAAUGAUCUUAAAGACGCUUUGAUAAAGUAUCCAAAUUUAAAACAAUCUUCCGCUUUAAAGAUCAAAACUCAUUUGGAUUUUUGGCAGAGUGAAGUUGGCCUUACAGCAAAUGAAAUUACAAAUUCAUUAUAUGUUUUGAGAAGAAAUGUGGAUGAAAUGAAUUUACGAUUAUGUGAAAUGAGAAAAAUUGGCGCACCCAUUAAAUUAAGCAGAAUUGCUGGAACUAAAACCGUCUAUUUAAAAUAUAUUCGAAGCUAUGCAACAGAGGAAGAUUUUCCAAUAAUUGAAGCACGUAUUAAACAAAAAUAAAAUGAUGCCAUAAAUAAAGAAUAGCCUAGGCUAUGUCCAUUUUGAUAAUGAAUCAAAUAUGUAAUGCAUAAACAAUUGCAUAAAUAUCAGAAAAAA